CGCUCGUUGUUUCUCGGUCGCCUUCUGUGUCAAGGUGGAACGACAUUUUGAGAAAACAACACCGGGGGAAGAGAUAAACAACUAUGUCUUCUUUAGGAAGGGCUAUGGGUGUCCUUAGGGCCGGGAUGCAGCUUCUUACACGUGGACCUCAGAAAAUAGUAACCCGAAAAGCUGGUGGUGGACCACACAUAGAGGCCCAGUACAGGCAAUUCCCACAACUCACCAAGAGCCAGACGUUCCAAGCUGAGCUCCUUAGCAGUGCCAUGUGGUUCUGGAUCCUGUGGCACUGCUGGCAUGACCCAGAUGCAGUGAUGGGUCACUUCCCAUGGCCUGAUGCAUCCGCAUGGACAGACGAGGAACUGGGGAUCCCAGCUGACGAUGAGGAAUGAGGUGCCCUCUACCCCACUGACCCCAGACCUUGUGUGUGUGCCCGGUCGCUACCCGAGUACCUGGUGGUCACAACGGUGUCCCGAGAGGCUUUGUUGUACAUAGACCAAUAAAUAAAAUUCAAUUUAUUCUGAAACAUC